AUGUUUCACCAAUCAUUCUAUAUAUUAGCAACUCUGCUUCCGAGCAUCUCAAUUGCUGUACCACCACCACCAUGCUCUGUUGGUCCUCAUGCAGGUAAAACCAUUUCAGAGUCCAUCCCCUUCAUCAACAACCCCACUCCACCAUUCCCCUUCGACAAGGACCCCAAGGUCCACGGCUGGUUCACUAAAACCAACCCCACCACCGGCGUCGAGGGUGCCAUCACCAGGAGUUAUCAAUUCAGCGUUGAUACCGGCAGCACCGGUGUUAUGAUUAGCGAUACACAGCUCGACGACUGGCUACCGUCAGAAGCGGCUACCGCAACUCCUGGGUACGAGUACCUAUCUAGUAGCAAGCUGCUCUAUAGCGGCUACUGGGUAAAUCGCAACAUGUACUUCAACAAAUUAGCACCAGCCACUAAUGUCAUCAAGACUCAAAUAAAAGUCUUGGUAGUGACGAGCAAAUGCCAAUGCACGACCUACAUCAUCGGUUCAAGCGGCGCAACGUGUCCCGGUGGUUGUACACCACAGGCAUAUGAUCAGGUACGGAUGAUGGGAAUCGGAUUCGGACGCACGAUUGAUGGUAUGGAAGGAGGCACGCCGGACAAGAACCCAAUACUCAAUGUCGUUAGUAUUCAUGGAACUGCAGUGAAUACUGCGACAUAUCAUCCUGGCUAUAUCAUUGACGGCAAUGGUAUUACUGUCGGGUUGACAUCAACCAACUACGACGCUGCUGGCUUUGGAAGCAAGGAAGUUCCUCUCCCACCGCCAGCCACGGAACCUUCUGGUGUCAUUCCAAGGGGCCAUUACCCAUGGGACAUGAUGCUCGGCUGCGUACAAGUCAACUCAAUCCCCUCGCCAUGCUUAGGUAUUUCCGUCCUCCUCGACACCGGUUUGGAGCAAAGCUACAUACGAGUCCCGGUUGGCACAACGUGGUUUGGUUCCUGGCCGAAGCAUUUCGAUGGCAAUCGUACUGUCUUGAACACCAACGCACACGUUGAUGUUGCAUUUGGUCGUCCAAGACUCGCUGAGACGAUCUACAGUGUUGGCGACUUUUUGAAUGAGGUCACGCCUAUUUGGACGAAUGUAUAUUCAGACCCACGACCCUCGUUUGUUAAUACUGGGAGCCAUGCUUUCCGAAAGUAUGAGGUCGCGUAUGAUCCUAUUUGUGGGAAGCAAGCAUUCAGGUAG